AUGGCACAACAGUUACUAAAAGUGACAACUUUCGAAGAAGCAUGGAAAUGCUGCGCUCGUCUCUACUGUAUGGAAUCUUUUCUGUACAAGAAACUGAAUGAAUGUAUGCGAUUGGUGGGAGAAGAGAAGCAUGAAGCUGUUUGGAAAAGUAAAGUGCCCACAUUUGGCCCGCUUGCUUUCCUGCUACGUUCACCAAAAAGCUAUAAUGCUACAGAAAAUAUCACAGUAUAUAGGGGAGCGAAUUUAUCGAAUGAUCAAAUCGAACAAUACCGAAACAACAUUGCCAAUGGUGCAGAACGACGAUACGCUCAGUUUCCAGCAUUCACAUCAUCCAAUCGAAGCCGCCCUAAAGCUGAACAGUUUGCUAAUAAUGCUCUCUUUAUUAUUGAGAUCAGUAGUUUCGAUGGGCGUGAUGUUUCACCAUACUCGAAUUUCGAUGAAGAAGAACAACAAAUCGAUCCUUAUUUCAGCUUUUACAUUCGAUCGUGCAACUCUAUCGAGCCCAAUAACACGUGGAAAAUACAUCUUCACUCUGCUUAG